CGUAUUCUUGUUGAUGUGCGAGUACCAGCGCGAGAUUCGCUGAAGCUAAUGGAUUAAUCGCCGAUUUAGGGAAUGAAACCGCCUAAAAUACCUAGGUACAGGCAGCUCAGGUAUAUCCACAGCUGUGCGGGGAUGCUGAAGCCAUACUGCUACAGCGCUUGGCUGCUACCUAUGACGCCGUCUCUUGUAAUGGAUAUAGUAAUGGAAAUAGAGCCCAAAUGAUGCAAUAAUCUCAAGAAAUCGAGUCGUACCACGGCUCUAUAAGCAACCAUGGCAAACACAACCAAGCCCCUAAUCCUGCACGCCCACGCCACAGGCCCAAACCCCUUCAAAAUCGCCGCGGCGCUCGAAUUCCUCCAAGUUCCCUACGUAGUAAAACUAUGGGAUUUCGGACCUGACCCAACGAAAGGUGUUAAGGGGGCCGCCUUCCUCGCUAUAAACGAAAAUGGGCGAGUCCCUGCGCUUGAGGACCCGAAUACCGGUGUCGUGUCUUGGGAAUCGGGUGCUUGUAUGAAUUAUGCUAGACGGGUGUAUGAUAAGGGGAAUGUGUUGGGGCCUAAGGGUGAUGGGGAGCAGGGGAGGGUCGAUUUUGAGAAGUGGGAGUACUUCCUUUUGACUACGCUGGGACCGAUGACGGGGCAGACGAAUUGGUAUAGGUACUAUAACGCAGUUCGAAACGACGACGCGCUGAAACGCUAUGUCGAGCAGACCGAGCGCUGCUAUAGCGUGUUAGAGGGGCAGCUGAAGAAAACUGGUGGGGAGAGUAUCCUACCAGGUGGAAUUACAGCGGUGGACUUGCACUUCGAGCCUUGGGUCCGACAGCACGCGUAUGCGCAAAUCAGUUUGGAUCCGUACCCGACAGUUAAGAAAUGGCUGGAGAAAAUGGGUAACUUGAAGGAGAUCCAGGACGCUUAUAAGAAAAUUAAGGAAGCGCCAAAACCGUAGAUCCGAAGUUUGUAUAAAUUGAGUAUUGCCAAUUUUGGCUAUUCAUUCAUAAGA